AGGACGGAGAGGAGGAGGAGGACGACGAAGACGAGAGGCGUUUGAUCCGGAAUAAAACUAAAGUCCAGAUCCUGGUUCUGUGGUUUCAAGAGGCUUUCAGGUUCUGGUUUCUGUCCUUGAAGACCAGGUUCUGGUUUUCUGGACUCGGAUCAGAAAGACAAACCCAGAUCGUGGUUUAGAGACGGACCAGCUUCAGUUCAGUUUGGAGGCUGAAGCAGCAGAGCAGAUGGACGUUCUCCACAGCUGGACGUUGGUGUGAACCAGCAGAGAGAGAAAACAUCUGGAUGAGAGCCUGAAGCCUCAGUAGAGUCAAUGUGACAGACAUGAAGAACCUGGACCGGCAUGGACGAGGUCACCAGGAGAGUCUGGUGGGUGCAGUCCUGUCCAGUCUGGUGUUGGCUCUACUGGGACUGCUGGGCUCGGUCCACGGCUGUCCCGGUGUCUGCACCUGCUACGGUAACACCACCGACUGCUCUGCUGUCGGCCUCCUCUCUCUGACGCCCAUCCUGGCACUGCUGGACCAGGACUCCCUGAUCCUCCGCCUGCCCCAGAACAACCUCUCCUCCCUGGGCACGAAUGAGCUGUCCAACCUCAGCAGCCUGGAGCUCCUGGAUCUGUCCCAGAACCGCUUCUCCGCCCUGCAGCCCGGAGCUUUCUCCAGCCUGGGUGGCCUGCGAAGGCUCAAUCUCUCUGCUAACUACCUCGGGGUGCGCCUGGUGACCUCCGACCCCAACAACAGCACAGUGGCGCUGGAGGGCUUAAAUGGAAGUCAAGGGUACGUCGGCCUAAGCAAGGACACUUUCAGGGGCCUUUGGCGACUGCGAGGGCUCGACUUGUCCUCAAACGGCCUCCUGUGGCUGCCCAAAGGCCUCCUUGAUGGGCUACAGAGACUCGCCUGGUUGUCCUUGGCCAGCAACCAGCUGGUGGCCCUGGACAGAGUCACCUUCGAGCCCCUGGUGGGGCUCCAGCAGCUCCAGCUGGCAGGAAACCCCUGGGAGUGCGACUGCAAGCUGAGAGACUUCAAGCACUGGAUGGAGUGGUUGAUUUACAGGGAUGGGCAGGUGGACGCCAUGCGGUGCAGUGUCCCGGGGGAUCUGAAGGGCAGGGACAUCCGCAGCGUUCCAGCAGAGAUGUUCAGCCACUGCCUGCAGAGUCCGACCAAAGAGGGCGCGGGUUUCGCCACCCGGCCUCCCUGCCCGUCCGGACGCAUCAGCAGCAACGACGACUGCGUCCGCCAGCGCUACCGGCCCGUCAGCGUCCGCCGGGCACACGGCACGCAAAUAGUCGCGGGCGUGAUUUGCGGCACCGUGUGCGUCAUGAUGGUGGUGGCGGCGACUUACGGAUGCGUGUACGCCUCGCUGAUGGCGCGGUACCAGAGGGAGAUAAAGUGCCGCGGUCAGCCUCUGAUGGCUGAGUGCGGCGCCGACACGGACCUGGAGGACGGGCAAACCUCCUCGACGUCGCCGGAGGAGGCGCCGCAGAAAGAGGGCAUCGUGCACGGGUAUCGGAUCAGCAGCUUCUGACCCAACGCUCACCUCCUUUAGAUCCUUAAGGACGCUCUGGCUGCUUCCGCUCCUCAGCUCUCGUCAUCAACAGGACGCCGUCCGGAGAAAGGAACCCUGCAGCUCUGUGGUUGAGCUGAAGACCAGUCGGCGGGGACGGAUCGCACAGCUGCUGGACCGGACUAUUAAAACAGGAUCUGGGAUGCUGCAGCACUUCUUUUAAUGUAUGGAUGCUCUGUGAAUUCUUAUUCCCCGUGCAGCAUCCCUCAGCUAGUUUGGCUACCUUGACUUCCCAUCGUCUGUGUUUUUGUUCUUCUUUAGGAAUAUCAAAGCACCUUUUUUUUGUUCAAGCUAUCCGUUGUAUCUGAGCCCAACAAGCUCAAACGUGAAUCUGUGAAACGUGACAUUUCUCCUGUUGUUUGCUAAUCACGUUCUCUUUUUCCUCCAUCUGUUCUCUGUAUUUUAUGUUGUCUAUAAAUAGUUCUUCCUCCGUUACGUGGAUACCCUGUUAAAUAGCACACACUUUAUGUCCCGUUAGAGUCCUGCUGUCGGGGAAAUGCUGCUUUUAAGCUUCAUGAGCGAGGUAAACUGCAUUCAAACAACUCUAGAGCUGUGCUGCCACCUAGAGGGCAAGCUUUGAGCUGCAGCGGCUUCUGAUCCAGCACAAACAAACCUUUUAUUCCCAACAUAGAGUGUGUGAGGGUGUCGGCCCGUAUAUACUGUACCUUCUAUGUGUUUUCAUUUAUUUUGUCCGUAUUUUCUGUGAUAAGCACAUGUCUCAAAUCCAACUCAAGGACUGUUAA